GCUUACCCUGUCGUGACUAACCUCAGAGCUGUUGUGAACAAUGGCGACGUUUCGAGGAAAGUGACAUUCUAACGAACAAAUGUGUUUUUACACUUUAACGUUAAUCUUCUUUUGUAGAUAUUAAUUACACUUGUUAGGUGUUAGAUCGACGAGAAUCUGUGUUUUAUGAUGGCUUUGAACGCUAAUGCACUAUCCAGUGACAUAAGCCGAAGAAACCCUCAGGAUGAGUACGAGCUCAUUCAAAGAAUAGGUAGUGGAACGUACGGAGAUGUUUACAAGGCCAAAAGACUUUCCAUGAAUGACCUCGCUGCGAUUAAGGUUAUCAAGUUGGAACCAGGAGAUGAUUUUGCAAUUAUUCAGCAGGAAAUUUUAAUGAUGAAAGAUUGUAGACAUCCUAACAUAAUUGCGUAUUAUGGAAGUUAUUUAAGAAGGGAUAAAUUAUGGAUAUGUAUGGAAUAUUGUGGAGGUGGUUCCUUGCAAGAUAUAUAUCACAUAACUGGACCAUUAACAGAGAUACAAAUAGCAUAUAUGUGUAGAGAGACUCUUCUAGGAUUGGCUUAUUUACAUAGCAUGGGAAAAAUGCAUCGUGAUAUUAAAGGUGCCAAUAUAUUAUUAACUGAAGCUGGUGAUGUCAAAUUGGCUGAUUUUGGAGUGUCUGCGCAAAUUACUGCAACUAUUAAUAAAAGAAAGAGUUUUAUUGGUACUCCUUACUGGAUGGCACCUGAGGUUGCAGCUGUAGAAAGAAAGGGCGGUUACAAUCAACUUUGUGAUAUUUGGGCAUGUGGGAUCACUGCAAUAGAGUUAGCUGAAUUACAACCACCUAUGUUUGAUUUACAUCCAAUGCGUGCACUUUUUCUUAUGUCUAAAUCUGGCUUCAAACCGCCAACGUUAAAAGAUCGCGAUAAAUGGAGCCCAACGUUUCAUAAUUUUGUUAAAGUUGCUCUCACCAAAAAUCCUAAAAAACGACCAACAGCCGAAAAAUUACUGCAGCACGCAUUUUUUCAAGGAGAAAUGAGCAAACGUUUAGCCUUGGAGUUGUUGCAAAAGGUAUCAAACCCUAGUCAUAUGUUUACUGAUUUAGAAGCCGAUGAAGAUGGAGCUGUACCCAAUGUACCACAAAGGAUAGCCUCACGUCAUACUGCAAGACCUAGACCAAAAAGUCCUAUACCGCAAUUAGAUAGUGAUGAUCAGAUUAAUAUUGAUGGGACAUUACAAAGAGACAUAAUAUCACCAUCAGUAGAUACUAACCCAGCUUGGGAUAUUAUGGAUAUCAUGAAUAAUGUAAAGGGCGUUCAUAAUUGUGAUGUUCAUCCAGAUUGUGGUAUUGGUACUGCAUUUGAAGAUGUACAGGAAAAGAGUCUAUUGCAGUACAUUGAUGAGGAGUUGUUGCUAAGGUAUUGGCAGUUUCAUGUGUGCAGGGGGAAUGCAAUGUCAAUGGUUGGUGGUCAUUGUGACCAGCUAUAUUCCCUGCAAGCAACGCUCCCUCUUGGAGAAUCAUCAAAUGAUUGUGAAGUGCAUUGUCCGUACUAUAACAUGUCAGGAUCUCAAGCAAGUCCCAGGCGUCACAGCUCUGUGGACGAGUUGUAUGGUUUGGUGAGCAGUACCCAGUCUUUAGCCGCUGUCAAUGGACAACGUCAACGGUCUCUGUCGGACAGUUGUCCUAGAGAUGAAUCCCCACAGUCUAAUGGUCAGAAUGAAACACCAAGCGAUGGAGAUAGAGAAAGUAUGAGUCCAGAUUUGUUGUCUGAUACUCCACCUGUUCCUCCAAGAAGAAGGGACAGAAAGCGCCACACACCACCCAGACCUAUCAGCAAUGGACUGCCACCCACACCCAAAGUUCACAUGGGUGCAUGUUUUUCAAAAGUAUUCAAUGGAUGUCCAUUGAGAAUACAUUGUACUGCGAGCUGGAUUCAUCCAGACACAAGAGAUCAGCAUCUACUAAUUGCAGCGGAAGAAGGAAUUUAUAACUUAAACCUAAACGAACUUCAUGAAACUGCAAUUGAUCAAUUGUAUCCAAGACGUACAAUAUGGAUGUACGUCAUUAAGGAUGUGCUCAUGUCUUUAUCUGGAAAAACCCCUCAAUUAUAUAGGCAUGAUUUAUUAGCCAUGCAAAGCAAACAAAGCCAUAGGUUUUCAUUGCACAUGAACAAAAUACCUGAGAGAUUAGUACCUAGGAAGUUUGCUCUUACCACUAAAGUCCCAGAUACAAAGGGCUGUACUAAAUGUUGCGUUGGUAGAAAUCCAUACAAUGGGUAUAAAUAUCUCUGUGGUGCAAUGCCAACGGGAAUAUUUUUAAUGCAGUGGUACGAUCCACUUAAUAAAUUUAUGCUUUUGAAACAUUUCGAUUGCAUACUACCGACGCCAUUAAAUGUAUUCGAAAUUAUUAUCACGCCGGAAAUGGAAUAUCCAAUGGUGUGUGUAUCCGUAAAGCAACCAUAUCAACAGAACAAAUUAAAAUUGGAUUUAAUAAACAUGAAUUCAGGAGCAAGUUGGUUUCACAGCGACGAACUGGAAGAUAUGGAUGGUUCAGCUACUGUGAUACCAAGAAGAGAAAACCUUCAUGUUAUUAAUGUUACACAACUAGAGAAAAAUGCAAUAUUAGUGUGUUAUGAUAAUGUAGUAAAAGUAGUCACGUUACAAGGAAGACCGAGGUCAAGCAGAAAGCACAUGUCAGAAUUACACUUUAACUUUCAAAUUGAAUCAAUCAUCUGUUUACCAGAUAGCGUACUAGCAUUCCACAAGCAUGGUAUGCAAGGUAGAAGUUUUAAAAAUGGCGAAGUCACGCAAGAAAUCAGUGAUCCAAGUAGAACGUACAGAUUACUUGGAUCUGAUAAAGUUGUGAUGCUGGAGAGCCAUUUGGUUCAAUCAGGCACACUAUCCGAAUCUGAAGGAGCGGACUUGUACAUACUUGCUGGGCACGAAGCCAGUUACUAAGUUUAUCUUCCAACUAUAAAUUGUGCAGACAUAUUGUGUCGCAAGUGAAUUGUGAUUUCCAAUGACUGCGUGUAAAGUAAAAAUGUGACUGUACUGAGAGGCAGUGGUUGAUGUUGGUAAGAGAAUAGUUAAUUAUCCUGUUUUAAAGUGCAUUCAAAUGAAAUCGAUUACCGAUGUACUUUAGUGCACACAUACAUACACACACAUCAUUCGUCACUGUUCUCCAUAUAGUCAAUGCUGCAUAGACUGGUUAUUUACCGAUAACUUUUUAACGAAGACAAAUUUAGGAUUAGUGAUCUUCGAGGAUUUAAGGAAAGAUCACGAAAGGGGAUUAUUGAGAAGAAGUAUGAUAUAUUUCAAAUAUGUAAAUUUGCCCUUAUGCCUGACAAAAUAAAGCUUAUACUGAUCGGAUUCUUCUCUCAAGAAUGGUUUAAUAUUAAAUUGCAAGCGUAAAAUUUAUAUUCUCUUGGUAUCCGUUGUAAUAAGUGUCUAGCUAGACGUGAAGCUUGAUUAAAAGGAUUGAAAAAUUGAAUAAAUUUUAAACUCAUUUUAGAAUACAUUCUGAUUCGUCUCAUUAUACAUAAACAAUGUUUACUUGUAGAUAUACGAGCACUUAUAUUUUUAGAAUGGUUUUUAGAUUGUACGAUAACACAAAAUAUCUCUACAUCCUGAUCGUAAAUUAAUUACAUCGUCGUAAGCUUCUUAUCUUUGUACACUUCUAAUAAGAUAUUGGCCAAAGGUAGUUUAAGUAGAUUUAAUAUAUUUGAACAUUACAUAGCAACAAAGACAACGAUUCAGAUACAAAUUAGUUACCGAAUAUAUAAAAGCAAUGAUACUUAUUAAAUGUCAGUCCUAAAUAUAUAUAUUUUUCCUGAGAAAAAGAAGGGGUAGAAUUAAAUUGAAAGGUGUGAAUUCAAUGCAGUAUAUAUUGUAUGUUUUUGUAUAAGUUUUACUUUGGUAGGCAUUGGGCUUUUGCAUAAAAGUUAUUUUAAUAAGACAUUGCGUUCAUCAGUGUCUCUAAUUUUGGACGAUUGUACUAUAAAUAUACAGUAUAAAUUGCAAAGUAGUUUAUGAUGGCAAUCAUAAAUUAUUUAUUUUAAGAAAUAUGUACGGAAAAGCUUAAUAGUUAUCAUUCAAUUCUUAUAAUAUUCAAAACGAUAUUUUUUACUAAAUAUGUAAAUUGUUUUAAUUAUGAGAUUCAGGACGUUUUAAGUUAUCUAAGUAAUUAUCAAGUUUAUGAAUGGUGAUUGGAGUUAAAAAAAAGGGAAUUAAGGGCAGAACAAUAUUCCACCCAUUUAUUUAGCUUAUUGUAGGAAUAUUACGCCUAUAACGGGUAUAUUAUAUGAAUUUAAAGUUCAAAACUAUAUGUCUAUAUAUUUGGAAACAAAUUUAUUUCCAUAAGUAAAAUAUAAAUAUUUAUAUAAUUAGUAUUUUCUGAAAAGAUAACGAAAUUAAAUGCAUUUUUGUGUGAUUGGUUUUUAAGACUGGGAGAAAUAUUUCUCAUUUGCGAAAGACUUUCUUAAAUACAUGAACGAUGUAUUCAGGGGGAAGAGUGCUGGAUGAAAUAGAAUUUAAGGAACAAUUUUUUAUGCAAAAAUUACAUUGCAUAUUUACUUUUGCUUAGAAAUUAAUUUUCCUUUAAUAAUUGAGAUUUUUUCUUUUAUUAAAUUAGGUUCAUAAUUACCGUGUGAUAUUUAUAUCUUUUACCUGGGUAACUAAAAUAGAAACACAACAUAGCCUACAUUAUUUAAUUAAAAAGAACGUUUUGCAAUUCAAUUUUUUACUUGUGUUAAAAGUGAUAUAUAUAAUUUAGUAAUACUCAUUUCACAAUUUUUUUUUCACAGUAUUGUAUCUACAAUAAGUAAAAAGAUAAACGAAUAUGCAGUUUCUGCAAUAAAAAAGAAAAAAUUAUGAAAAGUAGUAUAAAAGAUAAAUUAGUAUUUAAUCGUUAGUUUAGAAAUAUAUUAAAUUAAGUUUAGAUAUCACUUUCAAAAUUUAAGAAGACCGCAUAAAAUAUGUCAAUGUUUUAUCUUUUUUUUAAUCUUGUGUUUGUUCAGAAAUAAUUCUACAAAAUUAUUUGCAAUUUUUAUUAUAAGUUCAGGUCAACAAAAAAAGUAAAAACAGUAAUCAGACAUUAGCAAAAUUAGUAUUAAAAUUACUAAAUAGGUCUAACACUGUUUCUGUCUAAAGAGAAACACUUGAAAUUUCAAGUUAAUAAUUAAGAUAUGAAAAAAGACAAAAAUAAAGAUAUUUCUUUUAGAACAAUGAACAUAUAUUUUAGCAUUAGCAUCGAUUAAAUUAAUGCUAUCUAAAUUUAACGUAAUUCGACUAGGAAUACUAAUGAAGCAUAGAUUGCUUGAUAGUAUUCGUAAGCUCAAAAUGCAGUUAUUAUGUUAAAGUAAAUUAAAUUUUGAUUUGUUAGUUUAGAAUUUUUAGAUUUUACAAUUAAGUAAUGUUCUAGCACUUUUCCAUCCAUUAUCAAUACAUUGAUAUUUCACAAGUUAAAGUGAUUGCUUUACCAUAGCAGGGGUGAAAUGUAAGUUGAACUAGGAAGGAUUGACAAAGUAAAAUUAUCUUGGAAAUGUUGAAAUAUUUUGGUAUUUUAUAUGAAAAAAAUUUGCUGUGUAUAUAGAAAGUAGAUUAUUAAAGAAAGUAUUAUGCUAUUAAAGAUUUACUAUAAUAACAAUAUAUUAUAGUAAAUAGUAUUUGACUGCUUAUCGCUUAUGAUAUUAGUGCAUUAUGAUGAACAAUUAUGUUAAUAACAUGGUGUGUUUACAGUGGAAACAUAAGUGGUAUAAUAUACACUUCUACAUGUGUUCAAUAACAAUUUUUAUCAUAAGUUUAUUUUCUUACAUUCCAAUAUUUGAAUUGAAUAGUUGUAAUUUUUUAAUAUGAAACAUUUAACAUUUUUGCAAAUAUUUUUCUUUUAUUCUUUCAAUUUUAGAAGUUAAAUAGCUUCAAAACACUAAUAUCUUUUAAGUAAUUUUAAAUAAAGCCUCUAAGACAUGUAUUUGUACCACUUAUGUGCAAGAUUUAUCAUUGAACAUAACAUUGUAAAAUGCAACAAAAUUGUGUAGCGAAAGGAUAUUUUAUGCUAACAAUUUAUUAUGAAAUUGAAAUCAUUGUGUUCAAAAUAUGUCCAAGAUAGUUCACUUUACCAUUUUAAAUAUCACUCUUGUCUCGUGCAUAAAUUUUCAAUAUCAUUUUUAUAUACUCAUUCCUAAUACACAAAAAUGUCUAGGAUAUACCUUGUUCAUUCAUUAUGCACGUGCAUAUAAGCUGCACAAAGUGAUAAUUGAUUGCAUGAAGUCUAAUAAUUUACAAGCAUGUAUUUGUUACAUAUUAAAUGUAGUUGUAAAUUUGAAUAUUGAAUUGAUAGGAAUUUUCAAAGUAUCUGCAAUAUUAGUAAGUUUUUUAAGAUAAUAUACACAGAGAACAGGUUUAAAGACAAGAGAGAUGUUUUAUCAGGGAAUAUGAUUAAAUAGGUCCAUGUUGCAAUGCAUUUACAUCUAUUCGUGUCAGCAAUUUAGUAUACUAUUACAAUCAAUGCCUGAGCAAUCAAAUACGAAGUAUUUAAUCAAAGACAGCUUGUUUGAGAAUUUAAUUAAAAUGUUAUUUUUGAAAAUUAGUGUGUCUUGUAAAAGAAGUAUAUAAAGCAAUGUCUUCCCCGUAUCUGCUAUUAAGCAUAUACUAAUAGGAGAUGUUGAAUGCUUGCUGAGACAGCAUUUGAAAAUGAAUGUAUUACUGUUUGAAUUUUCCUUGUUACUUUCAUAAUUCUAGUAUUGAUAUUGUUUAACUUUUGUCUGUUUUCCAACAUUUUAAAAACAUGAUUUUUGUUAAACAAUAUUUUAAUGAAUAGUUAGUAUCUCCCUCAAUUUUGAAUGAAGUUAAAGAUACUUAUGUUUUGUAAAUUUUGAAAAUAAUUUAGGAAGAAAUGUAUAGUGGUGUGAUAUAAGAUUAUUAGACCCAAUGAAAGAUGAAAAUUCUAUAUAACAUGCUUUUUAAGCAGUAUAAAGAUAUAUUUGCAUUCGUAAUGUAGCCAGGAAAGAAAUUUGUUUAGGUGAACAUAAAUAACUUACUGUGAAUCAUGCACAUUAAUAAAUUAUAAUAUUCCAUCUCAUACAAUAUUAAAUAUAAAUUUCAGUUAAUAAGUCAAUUAAGUUAAUAAUUUGCACAAGUUUUUUUCAUUAAAUUAAAAGUAUUUAAUUCCUGGAUAUAUUACUGAUUUUCUCACAUGUUCUUACAUAAAACACUUAUAAUGUUUCAUAAAGCAUUCAUACAGCAGAGUUGAACGCUUCUUUCAGUGAUGUUAUAAAUAAUUACAGUGCAACGUUACCUGGCAAAUUUUUGUAUUAUUGUAAUGACAAUAAUUUCAUUCAUGGUAUCGGAUAUACAUCUUAAAAAGUAUUUAAAUAUAUAUUGGCUAAAUCCAAAGGAAGAAUACUUACAAAUGACAACAGCUGAAAUAAAAAAGUAUGGGAAGAAGAAAACAAAGAAUAAUUAUAUGUAUACUGUAUCACAGACCAAUUAUUAGAAGACAAAAUUUAGUAGAGAAACACCAGGAACUCAGAAACAUUUUACAUGCAGAUUUUACAUAUCCAUACUCUAAUUAUGACCACAAAAUUUUAAAUAUACCUCUGAGAGUGUUUCGUUGAAUGUAGUGCAUAGCUGAAAAUACUUAAUUUUUAUUGUAUCUUCAUGUAUAUGUAUAGUGUGUGAAUUGAACUGUCAGUAUAUGAGAUUUAAAGUAAUAAUUGCAUAAAUAAAGUUUAUAUUUAUAUACAUUGACAAUUUCAAUGCAAGUAAGCAAUAUUUUUAAUGCCUCACACAAUAAUUAUAUAUUGUGAUCAAACACAGUGAACACAAAUUAGAAUAAUAAUUUCAUAUUUUUUAUGUUACAAACUUUACAUAUUAUAUUUUAAAAAUAACAAUAUCUUAUUUAAUUCACACACAUACACAAAAUGUAGAUUCCCAUAGUGUAGGACAAAUAGUACAGCGAUAACAUGUACCUGUCCGUAUUGACCAGAUCAGUGGCUUUGCCCUUACAAAUGAAAACUAUAAAAUUUGUCUGAUAAAAUUAUAGGAUUAUGUUCAUAAAAUUAUAAAAGACAAAUUUGUUUAUUAUCGUGUUUUAAAUUUAUUAAAAGAUAAAGGUAUGAAUAAUUUAAAUGGAAAAGUAAAAGAAGGAAAUGGUGUUCUUUUUAAAAUAAAAUUCAGUAAUGAACAGAUUUGUUUCUUGUAAGAAUGAAUUCCUAUAAUAUUCAAUUAUCAUUUGUUUCUAUUUAAUCCUGAAAGUGACUAUAAUGAAACUGUUGUAUCAGGUUGUUUUUAUUUUCUGUCUUACAUAGAAUUAAUCAAUGAAACGGGUAAUAUUAUUGUUUGUCUUUUGGAAACAACAGAGUCGCUUUCAGGAUUUUCCACAGGUGCUGUUUGAUUAUUGUUAAAUCAAAAUCAACCGAUUCGACGUUUUUAUUCAGCUAUGUAUUAUGUUUUUUGUUUUAAUGAAAGUGUACGCGUGUGCGUAAAAACAGAAUAUUUUAAGAGACAAGAUCAUAUUGUAAAAAUGAUGAAGCGAUUUAGAGAGAAUGAGACAAAGAGAUACGAAAAACAGAGAGAUAUAUAUAUAUUAAGUAUAAAUAUAUAUAUUAUAUAUUUAAUAAAAAUUCUUCGAGGGAGGACAGCGAAUGUAAGUUCAAAGAAAAUUAGCGUGAAUAAUCGCAACGGGGAAACUAUAAAGAUUGUCAAUAUGUUAAUAGUGCGUUAUUAACCAAAGCUUUAGCUGCGAAUAGAAACGACGAUUUAACUAUUCUUGCAAGUGGAACCACUGAAAGAGCAUACCUUUGUCGUAAAGAUGAAUUGUAGGUUUAAAGAGUUUCUUGACUAGGUGUUGUAAAGAAAAGAAUAAUAACAACAUAUUUCUUGUUGUGCAUAAUAGAGUUCACAGAAGGCAACUGUAGUUAUACGAAUGAUCUACGACCAAUUAAUCAUCAUAUUGACCCACAGCGAUGAAAAAUAAAUCAAAUUGUUUGUUUCGCAGUAAAUAUGAUGAUGUCAUUGCAGAUCAUUUAUGAUUGAGAACAAAUGUAGCGUAGAGCAAAAUGUAUGUAACAUUUUGUACAAAAAUGGACCAGUUGCUUUGCGUUAUGUUUUGUAUAAUAGACUUCUGUCGUACAACACCUGUCACAGAAACUCAGUAAACAAGAUAUGAACCUUAAUUUAUUCUCUAUAUUUAAUAUUCGUAAUCGAAACUAAUGAUUAAUCAGAAGAUUCCUUCUGAUUAGAGGGCAGACUCUAAUUCAAGAUAAUACUAUGAUUAAGUGUAUCAUAUAGUUACUACGAUUGUAUAUAAUGUGUAUAAUGAAUGAUCCUUUUUUUUUAGUUUUACGAGCUUCUCACCUUUAGUCAUUUUUUGUUUCAUUUUCUUUUAUAUACAUACAGUAUUGCGUAGUUAACUUAUGAACAAUGUAUAUCAUUUACUCUUGUAUCUGUAAACACGACUAGCUGAAAACCUCUUGUAAAUAGACAUUUCUCUUAAUAAAAAACCUACCUGAAGUAA